AUGCAGCUGGCUGCGGACGAGCGAGCGAGGUACCUGAUGAUCCAUGGCUCGACAGUUCUCCAAGUCCGCAAUGCCUUUGGGACAGUUCGAACCAAAACACUCAUUGAGAUCUCGGUGCUUCGCCGCGAGCCAAAAUCAGCGAUUCUACUUUUCAGCAUGACCCUGUGGAGCUCCUACAAAGCUCUUUCUCCAAAGACCCGCGCUGUCAUAGGUGUUGCCCUAAUGCUCAAUGCGUCCGCGAUGCUGCUGUUCUCGGAUCAAAUCGAAGCAUCACUAGGAUUAACGCCGCCGCCUGACGAUCGACAGAAGGUUUUCAAGGUGUACAGCGUGGAUCGGGAGACAAAAGGAUGAGCCAAAAAAGUCCAUUGACCAACCACGGGGAACGGCCGCUUCUAUGUCCAUAACCCCAUGUCCACGACAGACACAACGUGUAAAGCCGACUCCUGUAGCGGCCUUGGCUGGAUAAAUUGCGACUCGCAUGCAUAUCCCGGGCAUGCGGACCCGUCCCAAGGCGUAUCUCAAGCGAGAUAGCAGUCAGUCCAUGUGCAACCCCGAGAGAUUCCUGGUACAUUCUCAGCCCUCGACAAAGUGCUGUGGGCCGAAUCAAACAGAGAUGGGUGUCGGUCGGCACCCAGCCAGUUGCGGCAGGCUGGUAGUCGCAUGAUCAUUGGGGGCAACGAGCGGAAGUCGAGUCCAGCUUCGGAGUCAGCGGAGACAUCCAUAGAUCUCUGCAGGUUUGGAGGGAUGGAACAAAGGAAACGGCAACUCAGCCGAGCUGGGAAAGGAGCAUAAAACCUCCCUCGAUCCUGGACCAUGCCCUGAUUGCGUUGUUUCUCGAAUAGCUUUGGGGUUCCAUAUUGAUUGGCCGUCAUGGGAAAACCUCCAGACUGUUUGUCCGCCGUUCCCAAGAUAUUUCCGUGUCCCAAGUUUGAGAUAGCCCUCAUUACAAGUUUCUGGGCUUAGGAGGCAGUGUACAGAGUAUUUGACCAUGAAGAGAUUCUCCAGGACACAGGGCUAGAUAGAGGACACAAGUGCUGUUUGAUUAAUUUGUACUGUCGUCUAUCGGUGGUUCAUUGACCCGAAAUCACCGAACAAGGAGGUAAACAGGGCCAAUCUUAGUCUGCACUUUAUGCUUUGGUCUCUUCUUUGCAUUGAAACUUACCGUGGC